AUGCAGCAAAAUAACGUGAGCUCGGAGAAGCUUGCUGGUCUGCGCAGUGCUGGUUUUCCUCAGCAGGCAAAAGAAGCCACAGAGCAGGAAAUGGCAGAAAUGGAGGCUUUGGUGGGUGUGACACCACACUCAGUUGACUGCCAUCUGUUUAAAGAACCUGUGAAGAAAAGACGCAGGUCACAUCACGGCCAGCAGUUCCAAGCGUUUCCCUCUGUGGAGCAAAGUGCUCUCAAGGAAUAUGAAAAACUGGAGUCCAGGACCAGGAGGGUUCUGAGCAACACUUAUCAGAAGUUGAUUCAGUCUGUCUUUCUGGAUGACAGCAUUCCCAGCGGACUCAAGUAUCUCAUAAACCGGCUUCUUGCCUUGAUUGAAAAACCGCCGCUGGAGCCGGUCUAUGUGGGGUUCUUGGGAAACACUGGAGCCGGCAAGAGUUCUCUGAUCAAUGCCCUCAUCCAGGAAGCGAUGUUUCUACCAGUGUCUGGAGAAAGCGUAUGCACGGCCUGCAUCGUACAAGUGAGCUCUGGCUGCUGCGAUCAGUAUGAGGCCAAAAUCCACCUUCUGUCUGAUCAGGAGUGGAAGGCGGAACUGAAGGACUUGACUAAGCUCCUGCACAGGGCGGAGGGGCCCGGGGGAGCCGAGGCAGAUUUGUGGGACGAUGCAGCGGAAGAAGCUGCCCGGAAGCUGCAGAUGCUCUAUGGCCGCGGGGCAGAAAAGAGGCGCUAUGAGGAGCUGCUGAGGAUGAAGCCCAGGGGGAGGAUCCCGACCUCAAGAACCAUCACUCUAAAGGCAGAGGAGGCAGGAGAGCUGUCUGUCAAGCUGGACCCCUACAUCCGGACUCAGAGGAGAGACUGGGAUGGACAAUCAGUGGACACACAAAUCUGGCCUUUGAUCAAAUAUGUGGAAGUCAUCCUUCCCAAAUCUGCACUGAUCCCAGAAGGGGUUGUCUUGGUGGACAUUCCAGGCACAGGUGACUUCAACAGCAAGAGGGAUGAGAUGUGGAAAAAGACCAUUGACAAGUGUUCCGUGAUCUGGGUGAUCAGCGACAUAGAGCGUGCUUCCGGAGGAAAGGCCCACGAAGACCUUCUGAACGAGAGCAUCAAAGCCUGCCAGCGUGGCUUCUGCAGGGACAUCGCCCUGGUGGUCACCAAAACCGACAAACUUCACUUGCGGGAAUAUCUCAGGGAAAGAAAGAUGGGAGAUCAAGCUAUUCAAAGUCAGAGAGAGGCUGUUUUGCAAAGAAAUGAAAUAAUCAAACUACAAAGGAAUAGACUUCUUAAGGAGAAAUUGAAGAGAAAACUGCCAGCUGACUCCAAGGUUCUGGGGGACUCGGAUCUGGUGUACACAGUCAGUGCCCAGGAGUACUGGCAGCGGGCCCUCCUUACUGAGGAAGAAAGUGAAAUCCCCAAGUUAAGGGAAUAUAUUAGGAAAAGGCUCUUGGACAAGAAGAGGAGACGGGUGACCAAGUAUGUCACCGAAGCCUUCGGCCUGUUGCUCCUCACAGAUACCUUCAACUCAGAGGAAAGCCUUCUGACUGAACACCUGAACACGGGUGGCCUGCGGCGAUUUGUGGAGGAGAAGAUGGAACUGUUGGAGGAGGCCAUUGAGCAGUGCUUUGCUCGCAUGGAGCAGCCGCUGCAGACAGGGGUCCAGGUGGCCAGGACUGCCUGCCGCCGCAUCCUCAGGGCAUGCCUGGUGAGGAGUAGAGGAAACCAAGGUUUUCACCAGACCCUAAAAGCUGUUUGCCUGAAGAAUGGCGUCUAUGCCUCCAGGACUCUGCCCAGAAUCGACCUGAAUGAAGCCCUGUCGCAGCCUAUCUAUGACCAGAUCGACCCUGUGUUUGGAGGCAUUUUUAGGGAGGGAAAGCCUGCAGGCUCUGCUCUGAUGCAGCACAUAGAUGCUUUCAAACAUUCCCUGGAGGAGAGAAUGGAAGAGACUGGGAUUGUAAAUGGCUGGAAGUACGAUGGAUACAAGAGAAGCUUCCUGAUCCAGGAGAUAAGUGCCAUCCUGGGAGGCCUGGAGGGCCACAUCCUCCGAAGGAAGAGGAAGAUCUAUGAGUCCAUCACCAGCUCCAUCCAAAGCGACCUGAAGCCCUGCUAUGAAGAGGCUGCUCAGAUCACUGGCAAAAAAGCAUGCGAGAGGAUGAAGGAUGUCAUCAGAAGAGGGGUGGAGCGGCAGGUGGCCGAAGGCAUGUUUGAGAGGGCUCAAGAGAGGAUGUGGCACCAGUUUCAACAAUUGAAGCAUGGAAUCACUGAGAAAGUCAAGGGCAGCAUCAUGACCAUGUUGAUGCUGGCUGCACCCCAGGGAGAUGGUCUCUACAAGGAGCUUGCAGAUGUCAGGAGUGAACAGAAGGAGAUGGAAAAGCUCCACAGAAGCCUGAGGGAGGUGGCUGAGAACGCGCAGCUGCGGAGGGGCAUGCAAGAUUUCCUCCUUCGAAUGUCUCCCAGCAAAGGAGCCCCCCCUGGAGCAAAACUUUAGUUUGGUGGUCUUAGGUCUGAAAAUAGGCCUGAAUCCA